CCUUAUAAUAUGGAUUUGAUUCGAACAAUAUCAAAUUAACCAGCCAGAUAGUGACAUAAUUCAUUUUUUUCAAAGUUGAAACAGUGAAUCAGCUACAACAGUAUUAUAGUAUCCAAUAGUUCUUGGUUUCCAGCAGCACAAGAUUUCACGUUUUCUUCAUUUUCUUAUUCUCCGUCAGUUGAACAGUGGACAGUCACAUAAUUCUUUCCCAUAAUAUAAAAAACUCCAGUCUCCAGGUUUCCUGUCCCCAGUCUGAACUGCCAUUCCACUUCUCAGCUUGGAAUUCGGGGCACCAGAAUUCAGAAUUGUUUGCAUUUCAGAGUGCUUCAUGCAGGAAGCAUUGCUCGUUCCGGUUAUGGAGGAACAAAUGGAAGGCUCACAGCCACAAUCAAUACGGCAAAAGAUUUCUGCCUAUAGGACCAUGGUUUGGGAUGCUUAUAGAAGCAAGCCAAUCUCGCACUGGGUUCUUCUACUCCUAAGUUGUGCAGCAAUGCUUAUUGCAUUCCCCGCUUCUAGCCUCUUGUCUAGACUUUAUUUUGCCAACGGUGGGAAGAGCAAGUGGAUAAUUUCGUGGGUUGCGGUUGCAGGGUGGCCUAUGAUUGCACUAAUCUUAGUUCCUAUGUACUUCGUUCUUCGAAUAUAUCCUACUCCACUAGACCUGAAAUUAACUAUAUGCUAUAUCGGGUUGGGCUUCUUAAGCUCGGCUGACAACCUCAUGUAUGCUUACGCCUAUGCCUACCUUCCGGCUUCAACUGCUGCUCUUCUGGCAUCGACAUCACUGAUCUUUUCUGCAUUAUUUGGAUUCCUUCUGGUGAAAAAUAAGAUCAAUGCAUCAAUCAUUAAUUCUAUUGUGAUCAUUACUGCUGCUAUGGUCAUCGUUGCCCUUGAUUCUGAUUCAGACAGAUAUUCGUACAUCACAGACCAUCAAUAUGCGAUGGGCUUUGUGUGGGAUAUUCUGGGAUCCGCUCUUCACGGGCUAAUCUUUGCACUAUCGGAGUUGGUUUUCGUGAAACUACUAGGCAGAAGGUCGUUCCAUGUGGUGUUGGAACAACAAAUCAUGGUCUCCUUCUUCGCCUUCGUGUUCACAACAAUCGGGAUGGUCGUGAGCAACGACUUCCAAGGGAUGAAAUCCGAGGCUCGAACUUUUAUAGGCGGUCAAAGUUCGUACUACCAAGUCAUCAUCUGGGGCAUCAUAACGUUCCAGUUAGGCAUUCUGGGAAGCACCGCGGUUCUGUUCCUCUCGUCCACCGUGCUGGCUGGCGUCCUCAACGCCAUAAGAGUGCCAGUCACAAACAUUGCAGCUGUCAUAUUGCUGAGUGACCCCAUGAGUGGUUUCAAGAUCCUAUCUUUGAUCAUUACAUUUUGGGGAUUUGGCUCUUACAUAUAUGGCAGCUACCCUCUGAGGAAAGAUUUUUGAUCAACUGGUGAGCAUUCUUUGUUCAUAUAUACAAUAUUGUGGAGCAGUGGAUCUCACGAAAUCUCGGGCUCGGUAAAUGUUGAUUGAAAUUAUCAAUGUUGAAGAAGCUGAAGCUACAAAAGUGUGGUACUAAUACUUGUGUAAUCUGGAAUUCUGGAUACAAAAUGAAAUAUAUGAGAUUGAAAUUAUCAAUGUUGAAGAAGCUGAAGCUACAAAAGUGUGGUACUAAUACUUGUGUAAUCUGGAAUUCUGGAUACAAAAUGAAAUAUAUGUUUAUAUAAAGCGCAGUGGAUAUCAAAGAUGAUUGUUUCAUGUUU